CGGCGGGCCGGGAUCCCUCCAGGGUGUCUCAGUUCGGCUGGGAAGGAAUGGAAAUGGGCCGUGUUUUCUCUGGUGGUUUCCCCCGCUCUGAAAAACCCCACCCUGCAGCUCCCACAGCAGAGUGUUUCUGUCUUUUUGUAGGCUUUUAGAACCAUUGCUGCUCUCCCAGCUCCAGCCCGGCUUGGGGGGCAGUGCAGAGUGCCCUUUUCACUGUUUCUGGCGUUCCCUCUGCAGUUUGUGGUGACAGAUUCCCCGCAGAGAUUUUGGGGAUGAACAUCAGUGUCCAGCAUCAGUGAGGGGCACUUGCCAGUGGGCUACAGGCGUUGUCCCGAUGGCCUGGGCUGCCUGCAGCACUCCUUGUCCCCUGGACUGCCCAUUCUCUUCAUAUCUUUAACAUGUUGGUGUCAGCUUCAUUUAGCAAAGCAUGUAUUUCUCAAAAAUUUAAUUCAAGUCAUUUCCCCAUUUAUUUCCUUCCAGUACUAGUGUUCUCUGCUUCCAAGAAAACACUUCACGUGCAUGCCAUGAGGAAAUGCUAUGUGGAAAUGAGAUUAAAUUUAAGUGAGGUUAAAUAUGAUCAAAAUGAAUGCAUUAUGGUAGAGCUUUAUACAACACUUGAGUGCAGUAGGACUCUGCUUUUUCAGCUCAUAAUAAAUUCCCAGGACCAAACAGAGCAGAUUUUCAGAUUCAGAGUGUGUUGAUGCAGUGUGCUAACAGGGUCUGUUGAUGUCAUGUUAUCUGCAGGCAGCUAUGGGAGUUACACCUCUGCUAGCCAGACCUUCCUUCAGGCUUGGAAAUCUGUCUCCUGCAGGGAUUGCCAGGCUGGGUUUGAGGAGGCAGCAGCCCGUCAGAUGAAGCACAGGAGCUCUGAGGAGCAGCAGGAACACCCGUUGAUUCCUGGGAGGCUCUGGGACAUUUGAAAGUGAUUUGGAGAGAGCAAAGUCUGUGUCCGAUGGACACCGAGCCCCAGCCGGCGUGCGUGGUGCCCCAGGCUCCCUGCCCAGCAAUGAAGUGCUCUCCUUCGGAGGACUUUUCUCCCCAGGUGAGGCUGGCUGAAAAGAUCCCCCCAGUGAAGCCUUGCUUCAAGAAGAAGCAGCAAGUGCAGAAGAGGCUGGACACACAAACUCUGCGGGCUUUGCGGCCCAUCUUUACCAGCCUGCUGGGAGCUGGGGCCUUGGAUAGGGUCUUUGUGCCCCGAGGCCAGCGUGCUGGCCAUGGUGAUUUAUGUGAACCUGCUGUGAAAAAGACUCUGGACCUCGGUACCUCUUGCCCCCAGACAGAAAACAACGUGACUGUGCUGAUGCCAACAGCUCCAGACGUGCAGGGUCAACUGCCAGGAGCUCGUCCUUCCCCCGGGCAUCCUGAGCAGGACGUGCAGUCAGGAGAGCAAGGUUUCUCCCCAGAAACUGCUGGAACUGCUGCUGAUAAUGGUAAUGAAUCAUUCCAGGAUCAUCCUUUGCACCCAAGUGCUGGUGAUGGUGCAGCUUGUCCUUUGUUCCCUGACAAGGUUCUGGAAAGCUACACAUCUGGCUUACUCCAGGAGAACGGCUGUCCAAUGCAAUACAACUUGACCCCAAGCAAUAAAUUCAGUGCUGGGAUAUUCCAGGAUAAAAGUGAAGAAGCUUCCCUUGACCUGGUGUUUGAGCUCUUGAACCAGCUGCAGUAUCACACCCACCAGGAGGACGGGAUUGAAAUCUGUGUGGAUUUCCUCCAGGGCACUUGUGUUUAUGGCAGUGACUGUCCCAGGCAUCACACAGUGUUACCCUACCACUGGCAGGUGAGGAGGACAGCAACCCAGAGGUGGCAAAGUGUGGCCAACGAUUCCCAGGAGCACCUGGAAAGGCUUUACUGCAACCCUGACAAUGACAAGAUCAAAGUCAAGUAUCGGGGCCAGGAGUGCUGGGUGGACCUGAACCUUAUGAAGCUGUAUGAAAGUGCAGAGUUCGACCAAAUGCGGCGCCUGUCCACAGCCUCCUGCCCUGGCUCCAGCUCCAACUGCUACACGGUGUGGAAAUACUUCUGCAGGGACCACUUUGGCUGGAGAGAGUACUCUGAGCCCGUGGUGAGGCUGAUCGAGGAGGCGAGCUGCCGCGGGCUGCGCGAGGUGCGCUUCAUCACCUGGCACAACCAGUACAUCCUCAACAUCAAGGACGGCUUCCAGCAGAACUCCUGCUUCCGCAGGGAGAUCAAGAGGAGGCCCCUGCUGCGCUCCUGCCUGCUGCUCAUGCCCUUCCUGCAGACCCUGGGUGGCAGCUCUGCCGUGCCCUCCCCGUGCUCCGACCCCGCCGCCGCGCACGACUUGUCCCCAGCUGCUGUCACCUCUCCCAGCUUCUACCCCGAGACCUGGAUUGGAAUGGAUCCAGCUCAGGACUUCAUCCAAGUGCCUGUUCUGAAGGAAGACAAGAGCUACAGAACCAUUUACAACCUGUUCCACAAGACUGUGCCAGAGACCAAAUACAAGAUUUUGAAAAUCCUGCGCGUGCAGAACCAGUUCCUUUGGGAGAAGUAUAAAAGGAAAAAGGAAUACAUGUCCAAGAAGAUGUCUGGGCUGGACAGGAUCAUGAACGAGCGGCACCUGUUCCACGGCACGUCCCAGGACGUGGUGGACGGGAUCUGCAAGCACAACUUCGACCCGCGGGUGUGCGGCAAGCACGCCACCAUGUUUGGCCAGGGCAGCUACUUCGCCAGGAAGGCCAGCUACUCCCACAACUUCUCCAAGCGCUCCCCCAAGGGCGUGCACUUCAUGUUCCUGGCCAAGGUGCUCACAGGCAGGUACACGGUGGGCAACCACACCAUGAGGAGGCCGCCGCCCGUGGAGCCCGGCAGCAUCACCAGCGACCUCUACGACUCCUGCGUGGACAAUUACUUCGAGCCCCAGAUCUUUGUCAUCUUCAACGAUGACCAGAGCUACCCCUACUUCAUCAUCCAGUAUGAAGAGGUCAGCAGCACCGUCUCCAUCUGACAGCCUGUGCUGCUCCCUGCCGCAGACUCUCAGCUGGCAGCAGUUUGUGUGUGGGGGGAUAAAAUCUGGACACUUCCUCACUGGUGGAAUGACUUGGAAGGAAGGUCACUGAAGUGACCAAAUGUGCACUUGCUGGUCGAUUCCCUCUGUGGAAAUUGUACAUAUUUUUCCAUUGUUUAUAGUUGGAAAUCUGUGCCUUUUGUUAUAAAACACUGUUUAUUUAUGUUAGUAAAUAUUCAUGUUUCAGAA